GCAAAAUUAAAACUGAGCAGGAGACUAGAAUCUUACAGUCUGUUAAGACUCAUGUCACUAUGGACGAGAAGUAGUCUAUUAUGCUGUAAUACAGACACUUCUCUGCUAUUACUGGUCAUGUUAUUGAGUCAAAAAUUACAUGUUCAAACUAGAGGAGGCAAAGUGAUCUGUCUGGAAACAGUUUAUGGAAAUAUAGAUAUUCAUGCCUCAGAUAAAAGUACUGUGAUCGUAGAUAAAGUACAAUGAAGUUCUGUUAAUAUAUCUACUGAAGAUGGUUUACUGAAAGCCAAGUAUCUUUACACAGACUCGUCAUUUCUAUCUUCUGCUGCUGGAGAUAUUACAUUAGGAAGUAUUCAUGGUAAUAUAACAUUACAAAGCAAGAUGGGUAACAUCACAGUAGAUUCAUCCUCUGGAUGUCUAAAAGCCUCAACUCAUCAAAGUGCCUUAGAUGUUUAUGUCAGCCAAUUGGGGAAAGUGGAAUUGAAAUCCCAUAAAGGCUCUAUUCUGGUCAAGGUUGCAUCUUCUCUUCAAGCUCAUUUACAGUUAUCAGGAAAAGAGGUCGAUGUGAACUCAGAAGUUCAUGUUCAAGAGAUGGCUAAAGCUCAUAAAGAUGAUGGUGUAAUAGUUACUGCAGCAGCAUCAUGCGUGGCCUCUACUGCUGCAGAAGGAAACGGGUAGAUUGGCUUCUCUCUC